UCCAUGUUGAUAAAUACUUUUUCCUCUGACGGAAGACGUUGUCAAAGAUUACCAGAGCAUUAUGACUGUCGAAGUCGGGGGGUUAAUUUUCAGAGGGUCACCUUCCUAGCUAGCUACUACUGCGAGCUUGCUGGACGGCUAGCCAGCCAGUGACAUGGAAGUUUUGGGGGCAGGCAGAAAGUUUAAGCUAUAGUUAGCAUGCUAGUUAAGUAGCUUAGCAGGUGUUUUUCUUGUCAUGUCAGUGGGUAUUGUUCGUCUGUAGAUACCGCUCGUAUAAAUAUACGGAUAGUACAUCUAGCUAGUUGUCACUGUACCAGCUAUGUAGGAGAGAGCAGGUUCAUCUCAAUCACAGCUUGCUACGUGCCUGGUUGUUAGCCGAAGUGCUAAAGUUAGCUAGCAGUAACACUGCGUAUGCAAUGGAUUGUCUAUCGACAUUUCUGUUUCGCUUGAAAGAGGUUGGUUCAUGGUUGCUUUAGCUGGCUAAGUUAGUGUUUAUUGCAUUUUGUUAUACAUGCAACGUUAAUGUAAAAUAGGUAACUAUCAUUGAAUAGGCAGCGAGAAGCACCUUAAGUUGUUAUAAAAAAGUUGCUAACUAUAUAAAGAGGUCAUCGAGGGACUGUAACGUUAACAGGUGUUUCAGUUGGAGAACUCCGCUAUAUUUGGUCUCAUUCUGAAUGUGCAUUCUGCACUAAAACAGCUUAGCUAACCAGGUAUCAAAAUGUUGGUCAUGUAUGAAAAGAUUCCAGAGCAGCUCAAGAAAACCUCCCAUGUCAGGAAAGCCGUUAUCCUUCUCGUCGCUGCCUACGGAGUCAAGAAACUCUACCCCUACUUGUGGGCUAAACUCAGGAAGAAAGUUGGGUCCGGUACACCGCUCACAGUCCCCUUAAACUCUAACUGGGUGCUACCGGAAGGGUCCGAGAGAGAAAAACAAGGGAAGAAGAAGAGUAGUAGGUCUCCGGCUGUGAACCAGGAGUUUCUGAAGAGGCUAAGCCACCUGCUUCGUAUCCUGUUCCCCCAGCUGUUCUGUAAGGAGUUGGGUCUGCUGGGGUUCCACUCCCUGGCUCUCAUCUCCAGAACCUUCCUGUCCAUCUACGUGGCCAGCCUGGACGGCAUGAUAGUGAAGACCAUUGUGAAGAAGGACCCCCAGGCAUUUGUGUGGGAGCUGACAAAAUGGCUGUUGAUUGCAGUUCCGGCCACCUUUGUGAACAGCAUGAUCCGUUACCUAGAGGGACAGCUGGCGCUGGCCUUCCGCACCCGCUUGGUAACCCACGCCUACAAGCUCUACUUCAGCGACCAGACAUACUACCGUGUCAGCAACAUGGACGGACGCCUCGCCAACCCAGACCAGUCUCUGACGGAGGACAUCGUGAUGUUUGCUGGCUCUGUGGCCCACCUGUACUCCAACCUGACCAAGCCUUGUCUGGACGUGGUGGUCACCUGUUAUACCCUCCUCAGGACCGCAGAGUCUAAAGGAGCCAACACCACCUGGCCCUCCGUCAUCGCCGGCGUGGUUGUGGCAAUCACCGCCAAGGUUCUGAGGAUGUUCUCGCCACGGUUCGGUAAGCUGGUGGCAGAAGAAGCCCGGAGGAAAGGAGAUCUGAGGUACAUGCACUCACGCAUCAUCGCCAACUCUGAGGAGAUCGCCUUCUACGGAGGACACAAGGUGGAAAUGUCCCAGCUGCAGCGCUCCUACCGCUCCCUGUCGUCCCAGAUCAACCUGAUCCUGUUUAAGCGUCUAUGGUACGUGAUGCUAGAGCAGUUCCUGAUGAAAUACCUGUGGAGCGCCUCGGGACUCGUCAUGGUGGCUGUACCUAUCAUCACCGCCACGGGGUUCUCCAAAUACGACUCCGAGGACGUGAAGCAGUUGGCCAUGAAUUUGAAAGAGGAGGACCUAGUGAGUGAGAGGGCUCAGGCCUUUUCCACGGCUAGGAACCUCCUCAACUCAGCCGCCGACGCCGUCGAGAGAAUCAUGAGCUCUUACAAGGAGGUGACUGAGCUGGCGGGGUACACAGCCCGUGUGCACGAGAUGUUCUCCGUGUUCGAGGACGUGCGUGAGGGGGUGUUCCGUCGCUCUGCGGAGGGAGGAGAGGGGGAGACUGGGGGAGGGACACAGGUGGUGCAGCACGGCACCAGGGUGGAGGGACCAAUCAUGAUACGAGGUCAGGUGAUAGACGUGGAGAAGGGCAUCAGCUGUGAGAACCUUCCCAUCAUCACACCGACAGGAGACGUUGUGGUGUCCAGCCUCAACAUCAAGGUGGAGGAAGGGAUGCACCUGUUAAUAACAGGUCCCAACGGCUGUGGGAAGAGUUCUCUGUUCAGGAUCCUGAGUGGCCUGUGGCCAGUCUAUGGAGGGUUGCUUUACAAACCACCACCCCAAAACAUGUUCUACAUACCUCAGAGGCCGUACAUGUCGGUGGGCACCCUGCGAGACCAGGUGAUCUACCCAGACAACGAGACCGAGAUGGAGGAGAGAGGAUUCACCGACCAGCAGCUAGAGGGGAUCCUCGGAACGGUCAACCUGGUCUACAUCCUGGAGAGAGAGGGAGGGUGGAGUGCAGAAAGCGACUGGAAGGAUGUGUUAUCAGGAGGAGAGAAACAGAGGCUGGGGAUGGCGAGGAUGUUUUACCACAGGCCUAAGUAUGCCCUGCUUGAUGAGUGCACCAGCGCUGUCAGCAUCGACGUGGAGGGGAAGAUCUUCCAGGCUGCAAAGGAUGCUGGGAUAGCACUGCUUUCCAUAACCCACCGACCCUCCCUCUGGAAGUACCACACCCACCUGCUUCAGUUUGACGGCGAGGGCGGCUGGCGCUUUGAGAAGCUGGACGCCUCCACACGCGUCUCUCUCCAGGACGAAAAACAGAAGCUAGAGUCCCAGCUCUCUGGGAUACCCAAGAUGCAACAGCGCCUGUCGGAUCUCUGCCGCAUGCUGGGGGAGGACACCACCCCGUCAGGAACUGGAGGAGAGGAAGCAGGGGAGGAGAAGAAACAGGAGGAGGAGGAGGAAGAGGAGGAGGAGGAGGAAGAGUGAUGAACAAGGAAAAUAGAAGGAUGUGUAGGAUGAUCAUCUGAGGAGAGGGAUGGAUGGAUGGAUGGAUGGAUGGAUGGAUGGGAGUGAAAAGGUUUGGGCCCUGUCCAGAAACAACCCCUAGGCACUUCCCCCUGUAGCCCCCCUAGGCAAGGUGGAGCUGUAUUCAUAUUAAUGUUAACAAUAGUAGCAGUCCAAUCCUUUCAGAUCCUCCCAAGUGCUCAGGCCAUAGGGUGUAGGCCCCAGGAGUUGUUUCCCGACUGGGUCUUGUACUGUAUAAUAUGGUUCUGGACUUUCACCGACCACUCAGAUGUGGCUUUUUAAGUGUAAGAGGAAACCGAGCAGCAGUUGACUGUCUCGGCAGUUUGGGAUAUGAGGUUUUUGGGGAGAGGAAGUAGACUCUAGGGGAGAAGGUGAGGGUGGUAGUGUAGUGUACCUCUGCCAGGUGUUGAUGAAAGAAAACCUUCAGACGACCGUUCGCUCUUCUCUUUCACCGUCUAUGGUAUCUCUUCUUCUACCAUCUCUCUCUCUUCUGUCGUCUCAAUGGGAAUUUAAUGAAAUCUCUGGUGCACACACAGUCGGAGGAUGGCGUCCCAAAUAUCACCCUAUUCCCUAUAUAGUGCACUGCUUUUGACCAGGGCCCCUUGGGAACAGGGUGCCAUUGGGGACGUAACGCUGGUGGGAGAGGUGACUGGCUGGCCUCUUCAGAAACCAUCUGCUGUACUGAAUUACUAUUUCAACAUAGAGUUUUACACCUAUAUAUUUUUGAAUAGCGGAAAGAUUAUUUGAAAGGUUUCUUACGAUGAAUGUAACAAUCUAUAUUUUAUUACAGUCUGUGCUGUAUGUAUACAAUUGAUUAAAAGGUAAUAACCCUUUUUAACUUUA